AUGGCCGGUAAGAAGCCCGCUCAAAAGAAGCCGUCCGGCGCCAAGAAGGGUGGCCGCAAGUCCAAGACGGAGACCUACAAGAUCUACAUCUACAAGGUCCUCAAGCAAGUGCACCCGGACACCGGCAUCUCCUCCAAGGCCAUGUCCAUCAUGAACUCGUUCAUCAACGACAUCUUCGAGAAGAUCGCGACCGAAGCCGCCAAGCUCGCGCGAUACAACAAGAAGCCGACCGUCACCUCCCGUGAAAUCCAAACGGCUGUCCGACUCAUCCUCCCGGGUGAACUCGCCAAGCACGCCGUCUCUGAAGGCACCAAGGCUGUCACCAAGUUCACCUCCGCGUAA